CUUAUCUAAUUGUGGGCGAAGGUCAUCUAAAUCCUAGUCAUCAUCUCACGCAAUUUCCCUGUUUUUUCAAAUCCGAGGUUUCAGUGAUCUUAAAAAAGCACCUACUUAGAAACUUUCUUCCAUGCGAAUUCGGAACAGUUAACUGCUACCGACGAUCUUGCAGUGGAUUAUCACUUGCAUUCUACACAAGGGAUGUUUUAGACCAGGGCAAUCUGGCUCCCACUGCUUCAUCAGGUUGGUGCAGCGGAACAGGAUUGGUGUAAAGAUCUCUGGUCUCUGGUGUCGAGGCUCUUCUGAUUCUCAGCCAGAGACGGAUUUUCGACUAUCAUUUUUGUCGAACAACGGAGGAAAAUGAUGACAUGGGGUGAGGAAUUCUUAAAACUUGGGAACGUGAGUGAAGUUUUGUCGGACUCGUAGUCACCUCUUGCCCUGUAUUGAGGUGUUGCUGAGGUGUUGUACAUGAGGUGUUGCUGUAAACGAGCCCCCUCGUUUGUCCGUUUUGUUACACGAAACGCUUUGGGCGACAGGAAUUCCGAAGGUCAUGCGUUUUUUUGGUUUACAGGAAGCGGAGGAAAUAAUUCAAGCCAUAGGAAUAUAGACGACUCAAUGAACAAGGCACCUGCGGAUAUAAUGUCGGUUCGCCAGACGCGUACGAGUCACCUUCAGUUGAAGGUCAUGCGGGCCUUGGCAGUCGACGCGUGCACUUUCCGACAGGUGCGGACAUGGGUCCAUGUAAAAGUGUUUUACAAGAAUACGCUCUACACAACUGAAACGGUAAAAGAUAUGGGAAAGAAUCCAAUCUGGGCAACGAUUUCCGAGGAAGCCAAUUGGUUUCCUUUCGACUUCACGGAGCAGGAUGACAUUGUCACCCUAGAGCUGUUCAACAGGAACAAUGACAGUAUUGGGAUAGCUAAACUUAAAUUUCGAGACGUAUCUGGUAUGUCACCGGAGAGCACUCCAGAGGAGAGGAUCUUACCUGUGAUGGUGCCGGUGCUAGGUUGGAAAAAAGAGAAGCAGUCGGGACAAUUAGUGGUACUGACCCAAAUGAAGAGGAGUGAGGCAUCCGGAGAGUACGGGGAUCUCAUAUUGACGCUUCGGAAAGGAUAUCUCAAGGGAGCUACAUCUCGGAUAUCCAAGGUGUCCGAUAUCCAAGCAUAUCUUACCUACAGGCACGUAACAUUCAAAAGUGAUAAACUUCACAAGACUGGAGAUAAAUUUGUGUGGCUUGAAGGAUCAGGAGGAACUUUCAAUUUCUUGAUCAACAAGACAGACCCUAAUGAUAAAAUCAAGAUCCAGGUGUUCAAUCAUCGCUUAUUAGCGGGAGAAUGCGAUAUUUUGCUGGAGUCGUUGAAGAAAGUCGAAGCUAUCACUUUGCCUUUGCUCUUGAAAGACAAACCUGUGGGAAGUAUUGAAGUGACGACCUUCCUGAAAGCUGUAACGGUGGACCUCAACGCAUCUGACAAUCCGAAGGAAGCGCUCAAUAAACGUGAAGAGUUGGUCAUCAAGCUUGAACGGCAGAAGAAGUUGUUUGAGAAAUCUCCACACAUUGCUAACUUCCUUGCUCUGCGGACACAACGACCCUAGGGUUGCUGGAUGGAGAGAAAGCAUAGAACAAGUGCUCAGUGCACUUCCCAGAAAACUUACACUUGAACAAAAAUGGAGUGUAUCUUCUUCGAGUCUCUCCAAUGACGACCGAAAAGUGCAGCAUGCUGUUUUGUUUCAAGCAAACGGGUGUGUUCAGCUUCGAUGUUAGCACGUUGGGUUUAUAUGGAUAUGGUACAGAGGCAACAAUAUACUUUGCAACGCUUGCUAGAUACGUAUGUACAUGGGGUACGGGACGGUGGUAGUGAUGAAACUGUUCCUGACAUGGCAGAUUUUUGGACCAGCAUGGAAGGAACCGGAGCAAUGAGGGCAUCGAUCGAUGCUGCCAUCGCAACUGUGGAUUUAUAUGCUUGGUUGCUGUAUCAGGUGUCAGUUAUCCCUAGAGUUUUUUGUCUCAAUAAAGUUCAGUUGCAAGAAGUGUUGAAACUCCGAUGGGAAUGGAGCGUUGAUAGUCAUAUGAAGAACCUCUGAAAUUGUCGAGGAAAUCAUAUGUCUGUUACAUGUAUUAUACUGUUUCAGAAGACAUGCUAACUUGGCAUCAAUUAGAUGUAGAGUUACGUUGUAUAUUCACAUUUGUUAGUGUUAUGAAAGGACACAGCUUCAAACUUGAUAGGUCAACCUCUUUGUACUCUCUUUUAGUUCUUCCUAAAUUCCCCUUUAGUUCUACAUGUUAUCUGAGCUGAUAUAUUCACUCUUAAA